AUAAUGAUUGGAUUAAAUGUGUGAGAUGUGAAAGGUGGUGUAAAAUUGUGCUAAACGUAAAUUCAGUAAGUCAGAAUGUAAAGGAAUGUGUACAUGUAGCAAGAUUGUCUAUUAAUUACAUUGUCAAACUCGUAUAUUUAUCAACAAAAUGAAGGCUUAAUAGUUUCAUAUAUGCUAAGCAAUAAAAAGAUGACAAAUCAAUGAAUUGAUAGAUCACUCCAUAAUUAAUUGAUGUGCUAUGUUACCAACUUAAUGGCAAUGUAGAAUUGAGAGUUUGAUACACUAAAAGUAUAGUAAUCAACUUAAAAUUUUGCUAGAUUCUGCUAUCAAUAAAAUUCUUUACCCAAUGUAAAUUAUUAAAUAAACAUAUGUCCAUAACAAAAACUAUAUCACACCAAAAAUAUAAAAACUUUUUCAAAAUCUCAAUUUCCAUACUAAGGGCUUGUUUGGUAAUGAUUUUGAGAAUUGAUUUUUAUGAUCGUUGGAAAGAAAAGUAAAUACUAUUUAUAAGAGAAAGAAUAAAAAAUAACGGCUUGAAUAGUAAAAUAAGGGUCAAAACAUUGAUUUUUUGGGCUGAAAAAUCAAUACCAAACAUGCACUAAAUAUCAUGGGCCAACUAUAGAUAUGUAUUUUGCCUAUGCAGGACUUCAAACUACUACUAUUCCUAUAAAUGCAAUGUGAGACAGUCAUGAGCUUAUUCAACAAGAAUAAAGUACCAAAGCUUCUAAUAUAAAUGAAAUUUUUAUUAUCUUUCAUUGACUUCCAAUUUUCCAUCAAUACUACGUACACAAAUGGUUCAAUUAUUUAUCAAUAAUUAAAGUAGCUAUUAAUCCCACUGUUUACCCCCUUUUUGUUUAUUAAAACAAAGAUUAGACCCUAAACUCCCUGGCCAACAUGGACCACCGGAGCAAUGUCUCCCCAACAAAGUUCAACUUCUGGUCAUAUGAACAUUAUAUAUUGUAAAUUAAAUGAAUCUCAUAAUGAGUCUAAAUGAUUACUUUGAUAUGCUUGAAUGCAGUAAACCGCCGUUUUCAUCAAAUAAUACAUAUAAAUUACUAAAAUAUUGUCCCAAUGUAUAUAUAAAUACUAGUACUCAAUACACCUAUCUAUACCAAGCAUUCUUCGUACAGUUAGAUCCAUCUAAACUCGAUCACAGAGGAGAAGGAAACAAAAAUAUGGGAGGAGGAAGAAGUUUUGUGUCUGAGAAGAUGAAACUUCUUGUUGCAUUGCUUAUUUUGCAGCUCUGCUUUGCAGGUUUUCACAUAGUUUCAAGGGUGGCACUGAACAUUGGCAUUAGCAAAGUUGUUUACCCUGUUUACAGAAACAUUAUAGCCCUGCUAAUGUUGGGACCCUUUUCGUAUUUCUUUGAAAAGAAUGAAAGACCACCUCUUACAUUUUCUUUACUGGUUCAGUUUUUCCUUUUAGCAUUGGUUGGAAUCACUGCAAAUCAGGGAUUUUACCUAUUAGGUUUGUAUUAUGCAUCUCCAACCUUUGCAUCAGCAAUGCAGAACUCGGUUCCUGCAAUUACUUUCAUCAUGGCUUCAACCUUCGGAUGUGAGCAAGUUAAUAUUAGGAGGAAGGAUGGAUUGGCAAAAAUUCUAGGUACAAUAGCAAGUGUAGGAGGUGCUACUAUUAUAACUCUCUAUAAAGGCCCUCUGAUUCUGCACCAGGCAUCACCAGUGGGAAGUAACUUAGAAGAAGGCAGUUUCUUCAAUACAGCUAAAAUACAGAACUGGACAUGGGGCUGCAUAUUUUUACUUGGUCACUGCUUAUCAUGGGCUGGUUGGAUGGUCCUUCAGGCUCCUAUUCUGAAGAAAUACCCUGCCAAACUCUCACUUACCUCGUUUACGUGCUUCUUUGGAUUAAUCCAGUUCUUAUUCAUAGCAGCUUUUGUAGAAAGGGAUCCUAAGCACUGGAAAAUUCAGUCCGGAGAAGAGAUAUUCACAAUCUUAUAUGCCGGAAUUGUAUCUUCUGGGAUAGUCAUUGCUCUUCAGACCUGGUGUAUUCAGAUAGGAGGACCAGUUUUUGUUGCCAGCUUCCAGCCAGUUCAAACAGUUUUGGUUGCUGGCAUGGCAUUUGUAAUUCUUGGUGAUCAAUUAUACUCUGGCGGAAUUAUCGGAGCUGCUCUCAUAAUGGUUGGGCUCUACCUGGUCUUAUGGGGUAAAACUGAAGAGAGAAGGAACAAAAACCAAGAUGCAGAAGAGACAUUGACAAAACAUCUACUCGAGGGCAAGAGCAACACUGAAGAAAGCUACGAUGAAUCUGAAAUUCCAUGAUAACAUCUGUAAUUUGUUAACAAAUCCACAAAAUUGACAUAUGGUGAUUGUUCAGAUACCAUAGAUCAAGCUAUGAGAAAAUGUCCUGCUCUGGUCAGAGACAAGAUUAGCAACAAUAUCAUAACAUGUAAAUUUUACUGGAUAUGUUCAAAUCUUUUAAAUUUGAAAUACGAACACCUAACCCCCCGGCUUCACAUCAAAGAGCCAUUUCAAUGAAAAGAAGUUCGGAUGAUGGCUUAAUAACUUGACGGUUUAAAGCUCAUGAGCCUUGAAAUCAAAUAGAACGAGCUGCUUUUCAUAAAUUCA